AUGCAAACUUGUUGGCAUAGAGACCCGGAGUGUCGACCCUCCUUUGGCACAAUAAUCAGCAUGCUGGAGCCCUAUGUGAGUCCAGUUUUUCGCACAAACUCCUUCUACCUCAAUCAAAACCUCAAUUCACGCCGGCAGGAGGCUCCACGUGUCAACUUUGGCGGAGAUGGUGAAGCCUUGGUGAAGGGUCGGGAAGUACUUUUCAGUGUUUCUGAUGAUUUUCCCGCAAAGGAAAUUCGGAAAGUAGACGAAGACCGGAACAAUCUGUAA